AUGACCCCCCAAGAAGAGGGUCUGCACGCCACCAAGUACCCUUGGGAGCACGAGAAGCUCUACAAGACCUUCGACCACCAGGCCCUCCGCAGAGGUUUCCAAGUCUACCAGGAGGUCUGCGCUUCCUGCCACUCUCUCCAGCGCAUUGCCUACCGCAACCUUGUCGGUAACUUCAUGACCGUCGACGAGGCCAAGGCUCUUGCCGAGGAGAACGAGUUCGACACCGAGCCCAACGAUGAGGGUGAGAUCGAGAAGCGUGCCGGAAAGCUCUCCGACUACCUCCCCAGCCCCUACAAGAACGAUGAGGCCGCCCGUGCUGCCAACAACGGUGCCCUUCCUCCGGAUCUUUCGCUCAUGGUCAAGGCCCGUCACGGUGGCUGCAACUACAUCUUCUCUCUUCUGACUGGUUACCCCGAGGAGCCCCCAGCUGGUGCCGUUGUCGCCGACGGUCUCAACUUCAACCCUUACUUCCCUGGUACCGGUAUCGCCAUGGCCCGUGUCCUCUACGACGGUCUCGUCGAGUACGAUGACAAGACCCCCGCCACUACCUCGCAGAUGGCUAAGGAUGUUGUCGAGUUCCUGAACUGGACUGCUGAGCCCGAGAUGGACGACCGCAAGAAGAUGGGCUGGAAGGUUAUGGCUGUUGCCGGUACUCUCUUCGCCCUCUCCGUCUGGGUCAAGAGAUACAAGUGGACUGUCGUCAAGACCAGAAAGCUCGUGUACAACCCUCCCACCACCAAGGCCAUCCGCAACCCCUCAUCGCCCCGUACUGAGGUCCACACCGAGGGCCAAGGAUUCCUCAAGUAA